ACGGAACUUGACUCUGGCGGCCUGCUAUCCGCUCAUCGUUCUGCGGUGCGUGACCAGCUAGCCGCCAAUGGCGAUGUAUCCUCUUUCACAUCCGCCAGAAGUUCUACAUGCAACCCUGUGGUGGCUGGUCCUGAUGUAUCGCGGGCUUUUCUUCGUGAGGCUUUUUUCACUCGCAAGACAGCCGUUCUUGGCCUUCAUUACACUUAUCCUGGUCUUUUACUUGCUGUCGGGCCGUAUAAUCAGGUCUAA